AUGGUGUUGAGAACUAAAAGUGUUGUUCUUUGCCUCUGGCUAGCCGCAUUGGCAAUCGCUGCUAUUGUAGGUGUUGAUUUUGGCACACAAUUUACCAAGAGUUUCUUACUUGCACCAGGUGUCCCUUAUGAAAUAAUACUCACGGAUCAGGGUAGUAGAAAGGAGAGUUCAGGCGCUCGUCUACAGUUGGACAAUCUUGACCUUGACCUUGACAAUUUCGAGUCGAUAUAUGAAUCUCAAAUGAUCCCAUUUGCUAUGCAGCUCAAUGAUAUAAAAGCUCGUGCUUUGCAAAACACCGGUAAUAAGGUCAGCCCGGUGAUCGAUAUUGCUGUUAGUAUCCCUGCAUAUAGUUCACAAGCUAUGAGGCAGCUUUACUUGGAUUCUAUGAGCUUGGCUAACGUCUCAAGUGUUUUGGGAUUAGUUGAAGAUGGUACUGCUGUAGCGCUCAAUUUUGUUAACAAUAGGGAGUUUGAAAAUGAAGAAAAAAAGUACUAUUUAGUCUAUGAUGCUGGCGCAGGCCCCACUGUAGCGACUUUGUUCUCAGUGAAACAAGUCAAUGGACAAAAGGUUUUGGAAACUGAAAGUAUGGGAUAUGAUGAAUCUUUGGGAGGAAGAAUAUUGACAAAUUCGGUGUACGAGAUUAUAUUGGAAAAACUCUUGAAUCAUUUUCAAUUGGAUACAAUCUCGGAAAAGGCUUCGGCAAGGUUGCUUGAGGUUGCAGAGAAGGCAAAGAUCAUUUUAUCUGCAAACACCGAGUACAGGACUAUAGUGGAAACCAUUGUUGGCGAUGAAGAUUUCAGAGUGCACGUUACAAGACAGGAAUUUGAGGAUAUAAAUUCUGAUUUGAUGCAAUGCAUAACCUUACCAGUUUUGGAUGCAUUAAAGAAAAGCGGUAAACACGUGGAUGAUCUUGAAGCGGUAAUUUUAAACGGUGGUUCUACAAGGAUUCCAUUUGUUCAAAAACACAUCUCGCUUCUUUUGGGCGAAGACAAAAUCUCCAAAUCAGUCAACACUGACGAAAGUUGUGCUUUGGGAACUACACAGAGAGGAUUGCUAUUAAAAUUAAAGACUUCUAAGGACGUGAAACUUAUCGAUAAAGUAUAUCACAAUUUUGAAAUCAGUAUCAAUGAUGCCGAUGAACUGGUUUUUAUUUUUAAAGAAGGUUCUGUUGCAGGAAACAGCACAACUGUAACACUAAAUGCUACUGAUGACUUUUCAAUCAACUUGUACGAAGAUGGCUCCCUUAUCAAAUCUUAUGAAAUAAGUGCCAUUGAUACAGCAAUAAGUUGCGGAUCCAAUAAAAAAGAAAUAUUAGCGACAUUUGAGUUGGACGAGAAUAAAAUGUUUGAUUUAGUUCGGAUUGAGGCUCAAUGUCAAAAGAAGAAGAAGAAGAAGAGGUCAUUUUUCAAAGAUAUGUUGAAGGAAGAUGAAGAAGCUGAAGUAGUUGAGGGAGAGACUGAAGGAGAGGGCGAGGCAGAGGCAGAGGCAGAGGGUAAGGCAGAGGCAGAGGGUAAGGCGGAGGCAGAGGGUAAGGCGGAGGCAGAGGAAAAGAGAGAAGGCCUCAAUGCUACUAGUACUGACAACAAAGCCAAACCAAAAAAACGGAAGGUGAAUUUGGCUUCCAUUCCGAUCCCAACUGCAAAGUAUCCACAUUUCAAACCAAUUAACAGAACAACCAAAAAAUCGUUACUUGACAAGAUUGCACAUUUGAAUAAGUUGGAGGAAGAAAAAUUGAAAUGGCAAGAGGCAAGUAACAAAUUGGAGAGCAUGUUGUAUGAGCUUCGAGAGUUUAUUGAAACUAACGAGGAGAAAUUGCUUGAGGAAUUAUCUCAAGAACAGUUGAAUGAAUACUUUUCCUUUGUUGGUGAUUUAAUUGAAUGGUUAGACUUUGAAAGUGACGAUGCAACAAUUCUGGACUUGGAGGCCAGAAUAAGUGAGGUUACUGAGAAAGACACGGAGGUAAAGAAAUACAUUAAAAUGUUAUCGGUUGAUUUAUCCAGGAAAGGUAUGGAGAAGCUAUAUGAGGAUGGUACCAAUUUGAUUAUGACUAUUCAAACGGGUAUGUUGCAGUUUGGCGAUCAAGUUUCUGAAAUGAGGAAAAAAUAUGAAGCUGCCAAUUUUGAUUUUGAAAAGGAGAAUAACCGAAUCAAAUCAAAAUUGAUUGACCAAGACGAUCAUAUAAUGUCGUUUGAUAGGAACUUGGAGGAAUAUAAAGAGUUAAUGAGCAAGAUUGACGAGUUGAACAAAAUUCCUGAUGAGGAUUUUGACAAAAUAGACAAGAAAGAGUUAUUUGCCUUCCAGGAUAUGUUGGCCAAGGGGGUCAGCGAGAUGUUACUUGAUGUAGUGAAACUAGAGUCAACCCACAAGGAACGUAUGACGUUGUUUGAAGAGCAAUACGAGAAGUUACUUGCAAGAGAACAACAAAAGGCGUAUAGAAAGAAAUUGAGAGAAGCGGCUAAGGAGGCAGAGAAUAAACAAAAGGAGACUGCAGCUGUGGAAGAAGAAGAGCUUGACUCGAGUCUGAAAGCAGAUUCAGUUUCUUCAACCGAGUCGGCUAAAACUAUUUUUUCAACCGAGUCAACUGAAACAAUUGAACCAGCUUCAACUGAACCAACUUCAACUGAACCAGCUUCAACUGAAACAGCUUCAACUGAACCCUCCGCUUCUUCCACCUCGCCCUCAACUGAAAUCUUGCAUGACGAGUUGUGA